GCAGCCCCGCUCCUGCCUGGCCACAACCGGGGCCGUGAAGCGGCAAGGCCGCGGGGACAGCCCGUGCGGCUCGCGGGCAGCAACGCCUGGUUUUACUGGUGUCAUUGGGAGAACUGGCGUUUCCUAAGGAGGGAGGGUGACGACACUGAAGUGUAAAAGCCGUACGCUAUUUAGCGUGGCUGUUUAAACUUUAAACUGCUUAGAAAGCAUUUUCUGGCAGCCCAGCCGAGAGCUCGACGUGGAGCUGAACUAAACCCACCUGCAGAACGGCGGGAGGCUCCGGGCGGGGCUGCCGGUGGAGGCCGGCUAGGCAGAGGGUCUGCCUGGCCUAUAGCUUGUCUUUUCAGAAAACUUUUUUUUGCACCAAAAACGUGACAGAAUGAACAACAUAUGUCUGCCCAGUUCAACAGAAUUAAGUACAAGACUCAGUUCUACAUUCCUGAUUAGUUGCAUUGCUUCACCUGACCUAAAAAAUUCUUAGUUCUGUAGACCAGGAAUGGCAGCCCAACGGUUACAGUUAACUGCGGGAAUGCUUUCACUAUUGUGCCUUAUAUAUUAAAAAAUAAGGCUACUUUAAUCUUUGUAUGUUUAUGAAUCAAGAAGUUGGGCUGAAGUAAAAUGCUGGAAUUCGUAUUUUGCUAGUUACACAAACCUGAAGAAUACCAUUCCCUGUAUUUAAUCUUCUUGUAAUUCCCUGCCACUGGGAACAAAGAGCCAGUCCCCGCACAACUGCUUUCUUAGUAUCUGUUGAACAGUCUAAGUAAGCUUACAAAAAAACCCAACUGUUUUACCACUCUACUGCUAGCUCACACAUAAGUCCAGGAUUUCUGCAGGGGAGGGAUAGUAAAGCAGUUUCUGAUGUUAUCGUUGUCUUUUAUCAUUCAUUUGACAAUGAUUUUAUAUUUAUGAUCAAAUUACUUUCUUUUUGUAUAAGCAAUCUUCUAAAUGAAGCAUGAAAGUUUGGUAUUGCCCUUGAGAGUCAAAUCUCUGCCACUCCUACUUGGGCAGACAUGUGUUUCAGUUUUAAAUAAAUUGCCAAACAAGUAAGAAGUGAAAGAAAACAAAUGCAUUUAAGUAGACUCAGCCUUAUAAAAUCACUUAAGGUUUCAGCUAAGUUAGUGAAGCUUUAUACAGGUCUAACAACCACACUACCUGGAAAAUCAGGACCUUAGCAAGAAUGGCAAGAAUAUAAUAAAAACUAUCACAAAGAGGGUUUCAAAAACAUGAAGGGAAGACAGCAGAGACAGUAAGGAACCGCAGUUAAGAAUGGAUGAAACUACAGAGGUAAAUCCUAUCUCUGUGCUAUAGCUAGAUGCCUAGUGAAGAAUUUUCAAAACAAAAUUUAACAAAAUUUGACGCGAUUUAGGGCACGAAGCCUGUUCCUCAUCGCAAGCUUUGUUUUAGGUGCCAGGAGGAGGAUGACAGCAUGUGCCUGCAAACUGGGGAAAUGUCUUUUUCUUGAUUAACUGACCAAACCAAAAAUAUUAUCAGCAGAAUAAACUGUGUGACUUGUAGAAUUCACUAAGAUUAAUUUUUCUUUCUGAUGCUUGCCACAGCUCUUCUUGCAAGCUGUUUUUUUCUAAUGAUCCGGUGAAGAUCAUAAAGGCAAAAGGCCAGUAUAUGUAUGAUGAGAAUGGAAGGCAAUACCUUGACUGCAUAAACAAUGUUGCUCAUGUUGGACAUUGUCACCCCGAUAUAGUAAAAGCAGCCCAUGAGCAAAACCAACUGUUAAAUACAAAUUCUCGUUAUCUUCAUGACAACUUGGUUGAUUACGCAGAGAGACUUUCAAAAACACUACCUGAGAAGUUAUGCACAUUUUAUUUUUUGAAUUCUGGAUCUGAAGCGAAUGAUCUUGCCCUAAGAUUGGCACGACAGUAUACAAAACAUGAGGACGUUAUCGUUUUAGACCAUGCUUACCAUGGACAUCUGACAUCCUUGAUUGACAUAAGCCCAUAUAAAUUCAGAAAUCUAGAAGGACAAAAGGAAUGGGUCCACGUGGCUCCUGUUCCAGACACAUACAGAGGACUUUAUAGAGAAGACCAUGAAGAUUCAUCAACAGCCUAUGCUAAUGAAGUGAAAAAUAUUAUUGAGCAAGCAAGCAAGAGGGGCAGAAAGAUUGCUGCAUUUUUUGUUGAAUCUCUGCCGAGCGUGGGUGGUCAAAUCAUUCCACCAGCAGGCUAUUUUCAGAAGGUUGCAGAGCAUGUACACAAGGCAGGAGGUGUAUUUAUUGCUGACGAAAUUCAAGUUGGCUUUGGCAGGGUUGGCAAGCACUUUUGGGCAUUCCAGCUCCAGGGAGAUUUUAUACCUGAUAUCGUCACUAUGGGAAAACCAAUAGGAAAUGGGCACCCUAUUGCCUGUGUAGCAACAACAAAAGAAAUUGCAGAAGCGUUUGGAGCCACGGGAGUAGAGUAUUUUAAUACAUUUGGAGGAAACCCUGUUUCAUGUGCGAUUGGGUUAGCGGUGUUAGAUGUGAUUGAGAAGGAACACCUUCAGGCCCAUGCCACAGAAGUAGGCAACUUCUUGAUGAAGCUACUGAAGGAGCAGAAAAUCAAGCAUCCCAUCAUUGGUGAUGUCAGGGGUUCUGGCUUAUUCAUCGGAGUGGACUUAAUCAAGGAUCAAGCAGAACGAACCCCAGCUACAGCAGAAGCAGAGCAUCUAGUAACAAGACUUAAGGAAGAAUAUAUUCUAUUGAGUACAGACGGGCCAGGAAGAAAUGUGCUUAAAUUCAAGCCCCCAAUGUGCUUCAGUAUGGAGGAUGCAAAAUUUGUUGUGGACACUAUUGACAAACUACUAACAGAUAUGGAAAAAGAAAGUCUGAACCAAAAGAAAACAUCGACUUGUUCUACCUGAGCAGGUUUUAAACAAUGUUCAAGAUCUACUACUAAGAAACAUUAUUCUACUGUAAUAAUGCACAUUUAAUCUUCAUCCUAGCAUGUCUUAAACGAGAUAAAUUACCCUUGAUUUUCUUACUUUCGAUUAUCUUGUUAUUUAGUAAAAGCUUUAGGAGAAAUAAAUUUUACAAGAGCUUGUUUCAAAUCUGCCAGAGUGUGGAAUUGGCUUUUAUUUAAAACAGCGUAUCUAAAACUGAUUAUAAAGGAAUAUAUUUCUAGUAGCUACUAUAAACUACAUUUUCUAAAUUCAUGCUAUUUCAAGAUUGACUUUUGCAAAUUAAGAUGAGCCAAUGUUGUUGUUUUUUUUUUUUUUUUUUAAACUUGCUGCUACUAAUGCAAGCGCCAUUCUAGCUUCCAGUACACCCAGUCCUGCCCAGACUCCUCUGACCACUUUCAGCAGCCAGUUUCAUAACAAGGUCCCUAGCAGCACUAUAGUCAACAAACUGUCUCAGUGACCAGAUUAAGUCAAACCUUCAGUCCCAAAUUCAUAACAUCAUAUGCAUGAGAAACAGACAGCUGAGGCCAUGGCUCCCAAACCAGUUCUUACGAAAUAUUCUGUCCUCAAGAAAUAUCCAAGUAGGAUUAGUAAAUUAAGAGUACAUUACAGCCAUAAGCAACAACCUUGUGUACAAGCCCUCACUUUCACCAGGCAAUUACAAGUUCUUUAUAUCACAGACUUUUCAUGCAAAGAAAGGGAAAGCCAGCUCUGCAUUUAAUUACCAGUAUCCUUAAUUUCUGCUUAAGGCCACAUCACCUGUUGAGGAAGCAUUACCCAAGAACCUACUUCCAAAAAAACCCCAAAGGAACAGCCAGCUGACAAACUAUUGCUAAUACACCAGCCAGAAGUACUGCAGCAGUAUGAUCCUGAUACUAUGCAAAUUCCCUGCUGGAAAGCAAACUGUUUGCUAGAUAGUUAUUCCACUACCACUUAUUUCAUGAGAAAACAGGUAUGCAGGAGUAAAGCAUUUCAAUUUUAAAUCUUGAGACAGUAAUACUUUUAAAUACUGUGCUCAUUUGUUUCAGUGGUCUGCAAUUUUUUUUAUUUGCAAGUAGGGCAUUGGGUUACAUUCUCCAGCUGUAAAGCUGUCAUGUCAACUAUUAGAUUUAAAAUCCGAUUCAUCUUUUUUAUACUCAGGAGUUUCACUUAACCCCAGAGUCUUACAGACUUCUAAUUUUACAGAAGUUUUUCUUUUCAAGGACAGCCAGCAGGGAGCAGCAUAAUAUAGUCCCUGCAGGAAUAGCUGCGUUCCUUGUUAAAAAAACUGAAAAGAUCACUACUAACAUCUGUUUAUGUCUUGUCUUAGUUACUUGGUUUCAUUCCACUUCUGGUUCAUUUGUUCAAAUAGAAUUUGUUACAA